AUGGCUGAAGAGGAGUUCUCCCAAGAAUAUGUGACUCCAUUCACCGCCGCCACAGGAGUUCUCCCUCGAUCUGUCGUCGACAGAGGUGAUGAACUUGAGGGAGCCCAUGGUCUCCUCGAUCGAGACGUCGGCGUCAGAACGGAAGGGGAGCUCCAGCACCUUCGCAAAGGCCUUGCGGUGGAGAUGGAGGCGAGCAUCAUGGACGGUCGCGGUCGGCGAUGCGGCGCCGCCUCCGCCGUCACCACCGUGAAAAACCCCAUAUCAACGGCUCGCCUCGUCCGAAGUAUUUCACCUCAACCAGUGCUGAAGGAGCUCCGACGAUCUAGGGUUUUGAAUGAAAUUUGGGGGUGGGACCUGACAUCCGGACAGUUCAGUGGACAAGGGGGCGAUGAACUCGAUGAUGAGGGCUUGGUAGAAGGACCAGAGCUUGAGCUCGGCGACGUCAAGCAGCAGUGCCGGAGGAGAUACGAUUUUUAA